AUGCCGCCCACGUUGCGCACCGAUUUCUCCAUCGACGUAGCUUUGGAAGAAUGGACUGAUCUGUGUGGUCAGACUGAUGGUCUGUUCAGUUUAUCACCGCUCACAUCCCCAGAGCCAUCUCCUCCUGCAUCUCCUGUCAUUUCAGCCAAGAUCUCACUCCCAGAACACGGUACCCCCUCGCUCAAGUGUCAGGAUCCGUCUCCUACUCACGAUCAUGCACACGACAUGCUGCUUCCACCUCCAAUUUUUCCCCUGCAUAUCUCGACAUCGUAUUCAUCAAGCCCGCCGUUUUCGCAGUGCACCAUUCCUUCUGAAGAGAUGGUGUUGGCCCCAUCUCUCCACAUGGUCACCACAACGGCGGACCCGAAGCUGAAGCCCCGCAAAAAAGCAAAGCCGCCUUAUCGAGCUGCCCGACAACAUGCCUCCGCAAAUGCAGCACGAGCUCAUCGACGUGAGCAAACUAAAGGCUCAGUCGUUGACUCAGUGCCUCGCGAAUCUUCCCAUCGGAAGUAUGUCAAAAGUGCGCAACGAAUCAGCAGCACAUUUGUUACGGAGAAAGGACGUGCUGCUCGUACCGGGUUUAUUGGCAUUAACGACCGUUCCAAGUCGUCGAGGAUGUAUACUCUGGAGGAGCUUACGGGUCCUACUUCAGAGCAUAAGUUCAAACUUGUGAAGUGGGAUGGAAAGAAGCCAAUGUUUGUCUCCGACUCAUCUGGCCGCGCCAUUCUUAUUCUUGCAGGACACCCAGACGACGGACAAUGGCAUAAUCUGAUGGGUCUUGCUGUAGAUGCCCUUGAAAUAGCACGAACGCGCUUUAUCCCGCCGAAGAAACCAAAUCGUCGUGGAUCUUUCGAUUCCCUUCACUGCGGUGUUUCUUUUGGCGGUGGACAAACCUCGCCAUCAAAUCUUCGCAACAACAAGGUGAACCAGGUGUUGCUGGACUGGCUCAAUGGCUUGGAGCCGUUCAAAAGGUUGGCCGGCUUUGCCUCAGGUGCUAUGCACACCUGGGCUAAAGAUUUAUUUGACGCCUACGCAUCCAACUUGAAGGAACUUCACAAAGACCCCGGCUUGAAACAUGUCUUCCCUUCCAGCAUUUUUUCAGCCGCCACCUACAACCUGGGACCUUGUACAGUCUGCCAUAGACACAAGGACUUCUCUAAUCUUCCCUACGGAUACUGUGCUGUCACCGCGCUUGGCAAUUUCGAUCCAACACAAGGGGGGCAUCUCAUUCUCUGGGAAUUAGGACUAGUCAUCGAGUUCCCCCCCGGCUCUACCAUUCUGCUUCCCUCCGUCCUCAUUUCCCACUCCAACGUCCCCAUUUCUUCCAACGAGAGACGAUAUUCGUUUACUCAAUACACUGCGGGCGGGAUUUUUCGUUGGGUUGCCCACAAAUGCCAGACAAAGGCAAAAUACCUCGCAACCCUCAGUCCUGACGGCUUAGCUGCGUAUGCUCAAGAAGAGUCUUUAAGGUGGAUUAAAGGUGUGAACUUGAUACCAGUUGUUCUCCGGGAGUAG